CAUGCGUGAAUUACAAGAGCAUUCGAGCAUUUGCAGUGGAGAAAGCAAAUCGUUUAUUUAAAUAUAGUAGUUUGGUGUUGGGACGUGAAAAGCGAACUAUUUUAGUCACUUCCUGUGAAUUUUAUUCAACUAUUAAAAUACACAAGUGAUAUUCAACCCUAUAUAUUGAACAAGUAACUACAUAAUUCCUACGCUGCUGUGAAAAGUGCGAGAACUUAAGAGAAAAACAAAAACGAGAGAUCGGAGUGAGUGACAUGGUCAACGUUGAGUAAAUUAGUUAAAAUCGAAUAUAUUCACACACAAGUUAAACAACUGCUGUGGUAAAGUAAAAAAAGUAAAAAGUGUAUAAUUGUAAUAUUCAACGAGGAAAUAAGUCACUGUUUUAAAAAAAGGUAACUUGCAAGGCAAAGAUAGUCGGUACAAAAAAUAAAAAAUAAAAAAAAAACCCUAGAAACUGCCGGUGCAGUACCCAUCCAGGUUUUUUGGUGUUAAGUACCAACAGUUGAAAAAAGGGUUAAAAUUAUUGUCAAAUCGAAACACGUAAUUGGCACUUAAAAUCUAAAACACAGAAUGAAUCUAUCAUUUGCUGGAUGCGGAUUCUUGGGAAUUUAUCAUGUGGGGGUGGCAGUAUGCUUCAAAAAAUAUGCACCACAUCUGUUGGAGAAAAUAGGAGGCGCGUCUGCUGGUGCACUUUCUGCUUGCUGUUUACUUUGCGAUUUGCCGUUAGGUAGCAUGACAUCUGACUUCUUUCGUGUGGUUAAUGAAGCCCGACGUCAUUCGCUUGGACCUUUCAGUCCCUCAUUUAAUAUACAGACUUGCUUGUAUGAAGGUUUACAAAAGCAUUUGCCAGAAGAUGCACACAAACGCGUUAAUGGACGCUUGCACAUUUCACUGACUCGGGUUCAUGAUGGUAAAAAUGUGAUUAUCUCCGAAUUCAAUUCUCGUGAUGAACUCUUGCAAGCGUUGCUAUGUGCAUGCUUCAUUCCGGGCUUCUCAGGAAUAUUCCCACCUCGGUUUCGUGGAGUACGCUAUAUGGAUGGGGCGUUUUCGAACAACUUGCCAAUAUUGGAUGAGAACACAAUUACUGUAAGCCCCUUCUGCGGUGAAAGUGAUAUUUGCCCACGUGAUCAAAGUUCCCAACUUUUUCAUUUGAAUUGGGCCAAUACAAGCAUUGAGAUAUCGCGACAGAAUGUUAAUCGUUUUGUUCGAAUUCUGUUUCCACCACGUCCAGAAUUUCUUUCGAAAUUCUGUCAACAAGGAUUCGACGAUGCAAUGCAAUUUCUCCACCGGAACAAUUUAAUAAACUGUCGCCGCUGUGUGGCUGUUCAGUCGACUUUUGUAGUAUCAGAGACUGUGGCACAACCUCAAGACUUUGAUCCUGAAUGUAGAGAAUGCAAAAAGCAUAGACAUGACGCUUUAAGCUCGAACAUGCCAGAAACUGUAUUGGAUGUCAUUCAAGAUUAUAUCGAACAAGCUAAUAAAGGUUUGGCCAAUUGGAUAUUUAAACAACGUAGCAUUAAACUGCUGUCCUUGCCAGCAACAGUACCCAUUGAUUUCUUCAUGGCCACAUUAUCGAAGAUCUUAAAAGUGACACCAGUAAUAGCCAGACACAUUCGCGUGAGGGUAGAAAAUAUUUUAAGGCUGUUAACUAACACAAUACACACUCGCAUUUUAAGUAAAUUAACGAUUUGUGAAACACCCCACUUCGAUACGACUGGUUUACUGCAUUCCAAGCGUCUUUAUGGCCCAAGAGUGUCGAUAUUAGUGGAUGAAUGCGGAGCUCCUUCAAUAGAAGGGGACGUAGACAACUAUGAACAUGUCCUUAAAGUGACCACCCACAAUGAUGCGCUCUACGCUUACUAUUACACAGACGAUUUAACGAACAAGGUCAAAGUUACGGAAAUAUUUGAAGUCGACGGUGAUGAAAAACUCGCAACUGAUCCGAAAUUAUACGAAGGCAUUGUUGAAGAUCAUCCAAAUCCCCAUCAACAUCACCAUAAUGUUGUUAGUGAAUGGAAUGGUGUGGAAUCUGCCUUUUAUAUUGAUGAAUAUGCGUCUAAUCAACUACCUUUUGAACGGAAUGCAACACCAAAAACAACAACAAAUACCACUUACACUAUUUACCAGAUUGAAGGUAAAUGUGAGGACAUUGCGGGCGAUGAUUUUGGCGAAGACAUCGAAGCUGGAGUUUUCAGCGAUCCAGAAGUGGAUCAUUAUUUUAACACACAACAGCAAAGGAAUAACCUCUUUCCACAUAAACACCCUCCAUUAACUAAGCUGCCGUCAAACCUAACAUCUAAGCGAUGCGAUCAAAAUUAAUUUAGUAUCGUAUAGAUUGGCGAUUGCCCUGACGAGAGAUGAACUAAUAUAUUGAUAUAUAUUAUGUAUAUAUACUGAGAUAUUUCGAUACUUGCCUAUAGUUUUAUAUACAUUUAUCAAUCAUUAAUUUACACAUUUUCGACAUAUUUGAGAAUUUAUUAAGUAAGAUUUUUAUUGCUAAGAGAUACGAAAAUUACAUUUAUCAGUAACGAAUUAAAGUAUACAUAUGUAUAUUAAUACUCUUCGAUAACUGUAUGUAUUAUACUACAUAUAUGUGAUUGUAUAUGCAAACAGGUGGUGAUUUCCUGUUUUCCGGCAUACUUUUUCUUUUAAACAUGUCCGUAUAUUAAAUUGAAAAAAGAAAAUUGACACUAGGAUGCCCGAAAUUUUCAGUUACCUAGGAAGGCCAAUAUUUUAUUUAUUCGUUGUGAUUAUAAUUUGUGUCUAAUUCCUAAUUCAAUUAAAUUAUUAUAGCAUACAAGGGUAAUGAAAGAACUUAUUAUUCAGUUAAAACAAAAGUUAAGUAUUGAAAAGCACUAUUUGAAGAACAUGGUUGACUUUUGAAUAUGUUCUAUCAAAAAUUUAUUGGCGGUUAUUUGACUGCUUUGGUCUCUAGUGUUUAACCAUUGUAGAUGAUUUUUUCAUUACCAGUAUCGCUUAGCAACAGGGACCUGACGAUUUAGUUGUGCGUAUUCAACACCUUUCAUUCAUUAAUGUGUGUAGGAAAUUUCACUUGUUGACACCAUUUUGAAACAAAACGUUAUUCGAAAAAUAAAAUUAACUCAACUUAACUAGACUGUUCACACAUUAAUGUUGCUUUCGAAUGUAUCGAAAAAAUGUCAUACAAAUCAUAAACCGGCUUUGUAAUAGUAAUAUUGUAGUGAAAUAAAGUGGUAUUUUAGAUACUUAGAUGUUAAUUAGUAGUACUAAUUUAGUACUGAUGAUAAUGAUAAUUAGCACUUCGCAUACCUUCGGAUAUUAUCAAUGAAAUAUUUUUUUUGUAUGUCAUUUGUGGUCAUAAAUAUUGUUGAUCAGACCAAAGUAUAUUC